AUGCUGACAAACCCAAACGCCACCGCUCUUUACGGUCAUUUUAGCGCGCUAAUCGUCGGCCGGCGCUACUACUCAUCCAAUGCCGCAAUAGGAGAAACCGUGGAUCUUGUGAGAGAGCCUCACAAUCAGCACGACAGCAACGCUAUCGCAGUGUGCAGCCGCGAUGGCGGCAAGCUGGGCCAUCUGCCUCGCUGGCUGGCAGGUGUGCUGGCACCAUGCAUGGACAGAUCGGGCUGCACUCUUUUUGGCGUGGUGUCUGGAAUGGGCAGUGCAUACGCUACGCCAGUCGAGGUUAAUAUUUUUGCGAGGCCAGACGCAGCAGCGCUGAUGUACGAUAUGCUAGGCAACUAUUGGCACAUGUGGCAGCUAGAAGCGCCGGCUGUCGACCAGGAAAACAAUGAUGUUGACAGCAUUUUUGACGACCUUGACGAUCUGUUUGCCGACAAUAGCACCGGCUCGUACAUUCAGUCACCCGAUGCCGAUGCAGAUUCUAAGCUAUUUGAUGUGGUUGAUUCGGAUAGUAUCAGCGAUCCUGUGGCUCGUGUUCUGGUGGUAAGCACUGCAAGCGGAAUUGGCGACUGGGUCAGCUAUAUCAAGCACAUGGAUGCCGAUAUAAAGUGGGUAAUAUAUACGCGCGGCGGAGCAGUAACUGCGGGCACUAUUGCGCAAUUCCAGGCGGUGUUUGUACAACAUAAAGAUGUGGCUCAUCUGCUUGAUCAAACACGGCCGGUACACUGGGCAACAAUUGCAAUCGACCAGACAGCCAUUGACGACGAGGUGGCGACAAUUGACCCCAAGUUUGGCGCCCUGCUGAGCCUGCAUGCGCUGACGGUACUGUACAUCUAA